AUGGCGAUAUGCCACUGUCCUCGAGAGUACCAUCUCCUUAGUGCCACUCGGGACAGCCCUCUGGGGAUCUGGCCCACCUCUGGCUAUCCUGUUGAUUUUGACUCUGACUCCAACCGAGCCACCAGGCCAUUGGAUCUAGAUCACCCCGAGCCGUCAGGCCUUGAUGACCGUGUACAAUCGGUAUGUUGUCUGCGAAGCUCCCGCCGCAGCCGAUACAGACCGCAUGGCAAGGACCGCAAUCUUCUACCCCUUUGGCUGGCCGCGUAUCUCCUCAGCGAACACAUCGCCGACACUCAUCGUCUAAUCCCCCACCCGCUCGGUAAUGCCGCCGUAGUGGCAUGGGGACCGAGGAUGCGGACCUUUCCUCCGCCCUGGUAG